AUGAAUCAUUUCGUGGUCUGUGGGUCACAAUCCGCAAGUAUUUAUUGCAGAAAUGCAGUCCACAAGGCAGGAGGAUGAAGACCACUGUGACUUUCUGUUCAAGAUCAUCCUGACUGGUGACAGUAAUGUGGGAAAGACCUGCGUGAUCCACAGCUUCACGUCUGGGCUCUUCAGUGACAGCCUGCACAACACUAUUGGAGUGGACUUCACCGUUCGCACGAUAGACAUCGAUGGCAUGAGAGUGAAGAUGCAGGUCUGGGACACAGCGGGACAGGAGCGGUUCCGCACCAUCACACAGAGUUACUACCGAAGUGCUCACGGCGCCAUGAUCGCGUACGAUCUGACCCGACGACCCAGCUUUGAGUCUCUGCAGCACUGGAUUCAGGGUGUGGAGCAGUAUGGAGCCGCCAACGUCGUCUUCGUUCUGAUAGGUAAUAAGUGUGACCUGGAGGCACAGCGGCAGGUGCUGUUUGAGGAUGCGUGCACGCUAGCGGAGCGCACAGGUGCGCUGGCGGCGCUCGAGACCUCCGCCAAACAGCAUCACAACAUCAAGGAAGCGUUCGAACUGAUGGCACGGGAACUCAUAGUGCGGUACGGAGGAACAGUCCAUCAGGACAGCCAAUCAGAUUCACCGACUGUUUUCCUGCACUCGGACUCUCAUCCAAUAGAUGGAGAACACCUGGAGAAGAGGUCAUGUGACUGCUGACUGACAAGCUGACCCACAAGUUUUUGAAAUUUUCGUCAUGUUAAAAAUCAGUGUCCUUUGGUGCAAAUAUUGGUGAACUGCUUUCCACCUUAUUUUUAACGUAAGAACGGACGCAGCCGUUUGUAACUUAAAUGUGCGAGGCUUCCGGUGUCAUUCGCUUCAAGUUAUUGAAACAGUCCGUUAUGCUGCUUUAAGUAGUAUUUAGUUAUCAUAUUAUUUUCAUUUAUUAUCAUAAUCAUAAACAGACAAAUAGCUUUCCCGUAAAUUAAUAGUUAGUUAUUUACCUGUAGCACAGGGGUGUCAAACUCAAUUCCUG